AUGUCGCUGAUUUACAGUGUGUUGAACACUGUGCAACCUAAACAGAAUUUCUCAUCAGUCUUUUCUUCAGUGACCAACAUCGCACAAAAACUCCAUCCGUAUGUGAUUUAUGAAGCCUCAUGUAGCAUGCUAAAAAACGUCAUUUAUUCACCAGUGACCAAAAUGACACAAAAAUGUCGUGAAGUGUUGAACGAAGUGCUAAAAUUCAUCUUUUAUCCAUCAGAUUAUGACCUACUGAAGACUCAAUUAGCUCAAACAAAGGAGGAGAAUGCUCAACUGAAAGAGAAAAGGGCUCAACUGCAAGAACAGCUAGUGGAUGUCACCCUGGAUGCUGACACAGCUCAUCCAAGACUCGAGGUCUCUGAAGAUGGCAAGAGUGUGUUAGAUACCGGCACUAUCAGGAAUGUGCCCAGAACUGACAAGAGAUUUGACUCCCACACUUUCCUUUUGGCAAAGGAGGGAUACACAUGUGGGAAAUACUAUUGGGAAGUGGAUGUUGGGAAGAGAAGCAACUGGGAGGUGGGCAUUGCACAGGAGCCUGUGACACGGAAAGGCACGCUGACUCUGUCCCCAGAGAAGGGCUUCUGGGUCAUAGGGUUAGCAGAUGGGCGAGAGUAUUGGGCCCGCACAGAGCCUUGGACCCGCUUGGCUGUGAGUGGGAAACCCACAAGGAUUGGGAUCUUCCUGGAUACCACAACCAGACAGUUGUGUUUUUAUAAUGUCAGCAAGAAAACAGCUGUGUACACUUUCUCCCUUGGCAGAGACAGCCACCAGGAAGAGAAGUUCUUUCCCUUCUUCUCAACAGGCUCCAUUUCUGCAAAGCCUGACACUGAGCCCCUGAAAAUAGCCCAAGGGUUUGAGGAGGACCAUGAUGGGAAGUAA